UAAGUUGCAGUCGCUUCAGAAUUAAAAUGGUUAUGGUUAUAAAUAAUUAGUGUUCUUUGAAGUAAGGAAAGUAUACUGAUGCGUAACCUAUCGAUAUUUAUUUCAUAAAAGUUUUAUCUACAAAGAUAUGAGUGCAGCUGUUAAUGUGAUUUUGUGAACGCGAUUCGAACUAUUUAUUAUCAAGUUUGAUGCACAGCGCGGUCACGUCAUGAAGCUAGAUGAUUAAAAUACAGAUCUACUUAUUUGACCUCGCUCAUAUGAUAACACUCGAAGUAUUCGAUUAGUAACGGAAAACUGCGCUGUAAUAAUUUUUGUUUGACACCCACCUGAUUUGUGGGGACUUUUUGUCGUAGUAACCUUGAUUACAAAGAAAAACUGUCUAUAAAACGCAAAUCGAUUAUAAAUUUAUAUUAUACAACACCUAAUCGUGGUCGCGGGAACAUUGUUACUUACGAAUACAAAUAACGUAUUUUAUUGAUGAUUCAACCUUUAUCUUGCGCUCGUUUUACAGCAGGUGUCUAAUUUACAAGAAUUUCAGCGUGUAUUUAGUCUUAACGAGGCGUGCGUAAGGGAUAAGAGCAGCGGGGGAUAAAAAUGAACGCAGACACUUUCCACCGGAACAGUUCAGCAGGCUUUCAAACGAAUUCGUUCAUGACGCGCGCGUGCCAAUAUCCAAUCAUGCCAUUGACGCCUGCUUACCUCGAACAUGGUGGUGUCCAAGCAGUGCCGAAAAAGGAGCAACGGAUCAGACGACCGAUGAACGCGUUCAUGGUUUGGGCGAAAAGCGCGCGAAAAGUGAUGGCCGACGAAAACCCCGAUGUCCACAAUGCCGAUCUCAGCAAAAUGUUGGGCGACCGAUGGAAGCAGCUAAGCGCAGAGGAAAAGAAGAUAUACACAGACGAGGCAGAGAGACUUCGCCAAGAGCAUAUGAAGCAGUUUCCGGACUACAAAUACCGCCCGCGUCGCAAGAAGCCGCCAAAAAAGAGCGAUGGGACUUCUUCCGGAUCUCUUACUACCGCCUCGACCGCGGGGAGACAAUUCACAGAGUCCCACCAGUUCCGGUCUAAUAGUUUCAGUUACGAUACAUCUAUAAGUCCGAAAUAUAGCGCGUCUUGCGACUACUCCUACAGCUCCAGCGUUCCGGUUAACCUAUCCAGAUAUCCGUUUUAUGGACAGCAGUUUGCGUUUAGUACUCGGCCGCAAUGCCCGACGCCGGAUUCGAACCUGUCGAGCAGCCCCGAAGCAUUCCAAAACGACAGCUACAGCGACAACCCAUCGCCAGUAGGGUUUGGACCUCACGAUUAUUCCUGUAGUCACAUGGCGAACGGAAAUUUCGUCUCUCAACGCAUCAGCGAGUUGACACAGAUUCCGGUUCCGGUUUCUUCCACGGUGAUCACCGCACGCGCGCAUCCCACCGAAAGCAGACAACCGACGUCAGUAAUCAAGCAUAAUACCAAUAUGCUACGCCACGAGAAUAUGUACGAGCAUAUUAUUAUGAACGAUCUCAAAGACGGACUGGAGAAGGAAGAAUUCAACCGCUAUCUGACGCCGAAAGAAUCAAUGCAGCAAUUUUCCGACUAUAAUUCAAAUCUGAUCAAACAAGAUUUCUCCGCACAAAAUCAUCAAUCGUUCGUUUGCAAACCGGAACCAAACUGGGAAAAUUCCGGUUAUGACUGUCCUGAAAUGUACCCGCGCACGACUAAUUGUGACAUCAUCGCCAUGAAAGAUUCGUCACCGAUGUCGACAUUCGAAUAUGAUGCUCAACCAAUGAUCAACGCGCUUACUCACUAGAGCAGAGGUCAUUUCGGUAACUUGUUGGUGUAGCUCGUGUACUCUGAAAUGAAUUUGUUUAAUCGUCGUGAACAAAACAGGGACUUUGUGUUUCGCUGGUUAUUCGUUACGUCCGUUUUUUGUUAAAAUAGUUUAUAAUAUUUAUUAUAUAAGUAUAACAUCGCUGUUUUAUUGAUACACUAAUAUUUCGUUCAAUUCGAAUGUUCAAAAUUGCAUUAAACACGAGUUUUUUUUAAAAUACCUACAAUGUACUAGUCGACUUUCAAGCAUUAUACAUGUUAAAGUUAUGUUACUUUAACGCAUUUAUGCCUAGCGUCUAAAAAAGAGCCUUUGCAAACAGCGUAGACCCAGAUGAGACGCCGCAUAUAAUAUAUAUACUAGACAUCCCUUAUUUUGGAAAUAAAUUGAUCCAAUUUAGAAGGAUGGGAGAGUCCACUUGGCAUAAAGGGGUUAAUUAAGAACAUGCUUCGAACGUGGUUGAAUUUCUUCGUUCAUGCAUGCGUGUAGAUAGUUAAAUAAUUUCUUUCAAAAAACUUAUAAUAUUUUACUCCUGAAAUGAUAUUGAUGUAUGAUAUGUAUAUACGGAAUCGUCGAAAAGGUGGUUUUUUGUCUCACUUAUUUUUAUAUACCAAGUAUAACUUCAUGUUUAAUUGAGAUUAAUUAUUGUUUUAUUCAUUGUUAAAUUGUUUGUACAUGUGUAAAUACAUUUUGAAUAUUAUUUUGGUUUUUAAAUCUAAAUAUUGUUUAAUAUAAUUUACGUUUAAAUAUAUUCUCUACUAUACUUCAGUUGAACGUGUAUUGUUAUUAACUUAAAGAUAUUGAUAAAGUCUAAUCGAAAGAAAUUUAAACGUCCCCAUGUUAAAGUGAACUGAAAAUAGUUAAUGAUCAGGGUUGUAAAAGAAUUUUGUUGACAUGGAUCCUGUAUUUUAUGCUGUGAAAAUGGACUGUUAGACUGAACUUGUCCUUUUUCAUCGUAUUCUAUAAUGUAUGGUCGUUUUGACGAAAAUUCGAUCGCUUUAACCAUGUGUUGAACCGUAGUUCCUCAGGCCGUUGUGAUUGGGAUCUAUUAAAAUAGUAAUCAUUUGAACUAAUUAAUUACCGGUAAUACGAUCAUGUAUAUUAUGAUUUAUGAAGGACGAAAUUGUAGAGCUGGCAAGAUCUGACUAUAAGUAUCGUUAAACUAAAUGAUUACGUCAUUCUCAAUCUCAAUUUAUGCUCAUAUAUUUGUAUCGAUAUCUCAUCCAAAACUAAUCAAAGUUAAGAUACGAGAAUAUUAUUUGAAUUGUGCCUAUUUAGAUAUUGUUAUUUAAAAUAAUAAUUAUUAUAUGUAUUAAUUUCUUGAUAUUUGCAUACAUUUUAACUUACCCUUUUUCCAUAUUUGUUGAACUUGUUUAAUCAACUUUUUUUAUAUUAUGUUUUUAUUUUAUGUAAACUAUUUGCCAUUUAUUUCUCUCUUUUAAUGUUAAAUAUAAUUGAGUCCGUUGUAUAGGAAAAUAAAAAAUAGUUUUUGCUUUGAAAUAUUUUUUUCGUUAUACUAAAUAAAAUUAACAAGUAACUGUAUUUUCUUAUCAGAUUUUAAACUUUUUACGAACAUUUCUUAGUUGUUUUUUUAAAUAUUAAUAAAAUAUCGUAUUAAAAUAAAAUUAAAAUUUUCCAAUUGAUUGACUUAUUUGCACCAAAUUUGUAUACAGAUAAUGAAUUUUAGUACACUGGUGCUUCCAAAAAAUGUGCGUUUUCAGGCAAUAAUCUGUGUCAAAUAAGUCUAUAAUUUUUCAGUUUUCAAUAACGUAAAGAAUAACAUUAAACGCAAGGAAUACAAGUAUCUAUCUUUUGUAGGCAUUCAUAACUAAACACGGGCUCGUUUCGUGUAAAAUCUAGUAACGUAAAACGCAGUCACUAUCUGCAUUUCAGAGAAUUCAUACAUUUCCUCACAUAUUUAUUGUAGAUACGGUUAUAUGUUCUCACAUGUAUCGGAUUAUUGUUUCAUUGUUUUCGUGAUGUACUUUGGCGUGUUACCCUUAAAGGCUGUUAAGUAAGCAUUUCACGUCAAUCCGUAUGAAAUUAAUUGUGUGUGCGCGAGUAUUUGAUUUGUGAUUUGAGUGUUAAUAUUUGUUUCAACUUUCGCAAUAAAUUGGAUCUGCCUUUUUCGUAUAUCUGCUAUAAUGAGCAUAUUAUACAUAUUUAAAACCAAUCGUCGCCAUAUAAAUUUAUCCACGAAAAAAAUAAUUAAUUUCUCUCAUGAAUAUUCAGCCAUAUUGAUAUUUAUGAUUUAUGGUUAUAUCUCUUUAAUACAAUAUUGUUGUAUUUUUCGAUUUUAGCACUGUUAAUAAUAUUUCAAAAUUAAUUACUUUUAUUUGAAAUCAGAUGGAUACUUAUGUUUUUAUUUCUCUAACGUGUCUAAUUAUGCAAUGAUGUGUUGUUGAAGCUAUUAUUAUGAUUAUAAUUUAUGUUAUUAGUCAAUGCAUGUUUUGAAUCAAUGUGUUGAUACGUGAAGAAUGCUCACAAUUCGGAGAAUAUGUAUUGCUUAUUUGUUUUUUUUAUAUAUUUAUCGACUGAAGUGUAUAAGUGCAUAAAUUAAAAAUAAACUUUUGAAUUCAA